CUUCCUGCUCCCUCCCUAGUGCCCUCCACUUCCUUCUCUUUCCACUAGUCUUCUUCCACUCCAGUCUUCCAGUACCACCCUUUCUUCCUUUUCCUCCUCUCUUUUAUCCCUCCUCCCUCUUCUCCGCCUCCCUCUCAGCCUCCAGGUCUUCGGGAAAACUCGGGGCAGAUUUUAGGCCUGAACACGACUUGCGCACGCGCAGGAGCUGCGCCGGCUCGACCGGUGGUUCUGAGGUUCCAGGCUGCUCAGUCCCGCUGCCCUCCAGGCCUCGGCUCCUGCUUGGGGCCACUGCGCUGUGCCCUCAGGAUGAGCGUUCCUGACUACAUGCAGUGCGCAGAGGACCACCAGACCCUCCUGGUGGUCGUUCAGGCCGUGGGCAUCGUCUCUGAGGAGAACUUCUUCAGGAUCUACAAGCGGAUCUGCUCGGUGAGCCAGCUCAGUGUGCGCGACUCACAGCGUGCACUCUUCAUCCGUUACCGGCACCACUACCCGCCGGAGAACAACGAGUGGGGCGACUUCCAGACGCACCGCAAGGUUGUGGGCCUCAUUACCAUCACCGACUGCUUCUCGCCCAAAGACUGGCCACAGACUUUCGAGAAGUUCCACGUGCAGAAGGAGAUCUACGGCUCCACGCUCUACGAUUCCCGCCUCUUUGUGUUUGGGCUGCAGGGUGAUGUGGCUGAGCAGCCCCGCCCGGAUGUGGCCUUCUAUCCCAACUAUGAUGACUGUGAUUCAGUGGAGAAGCGCAUCGAAGACUUCAUCGAGUCCCUUUUCAUUGUGUUGGAGUCCAAGCGCCUGGACAGAGCCACGGACAAGUCCGGGGACAAGAUCCCUCUUCUCUGUGUCCCCUUCGAGAAAAAGGACUUCGUGGGACUAGACACGGAUAGCAGCCCUGUGAGUAUGUUGUUGGGUCUGAAAAGACACUAUAAGAAGCGGUGCCAAGGACGCAUGCGGAAGCACGUUGGGGACUUGUGCCUCCAGGCUGGGAUGCUGCAGGACGCCCUGGUACACUACCACAUGUCCGUGGAGCUCCUGCGCUCAGUGAAUGACUUCCUGUGGUUAGGGGCUGCCCUGGAAGGGCUGUGUUCUGCUUCCGUCAUCUACCAUUAUCCUGGAGGAACUGGCGGCAAGACCGGGGCUCGGAGACUCCCAGGCAACUCACUUCCCUCAGAAGCAGCCAACCGACACCGGCCAGGGGCGCAAGAAGUUCUCAUUGACCCAGGUGCUCUCACCACUAACGGCAUAAAUCCUGACACCAGCACGGAGAUCGGAAGGGCUAAGAACUGCCUCAGCCCCGAGGACAUAAUUGACAAAUACAAAGAGGCCAUCUCCUAUUACAGCAAGUAUAAGAAUGCCGGAGUGAUUGAGCUGGAAGCGUGUGUCAAGGCCGUGCGUGUCCUGGCUAUUCAGAAGCGUGGCAUGGAAGCUUCGGAGUUUCUUCAGAAUGCCGUGUACAUCAAUCUCCGGCAGCUUUCUGAAGAAGAGAAAAUCCAGCGCUACAGCAUCCUGUCCGAGCUCUACGAGCUGAUUGGCUUCCACCGCAAGUCAGCAUUCUUCAAGCGCGUGGCUGCCAUGCAAUGCGUGGCCCCAAGCAUCGCAGAACCUGGCUGGAGGGCCUGUUACAAGCUCCUUUUGGAGACAUUGCCUGGCUACAGUCUGUCACUAGACCCCAAGGACUUCAACAAAGGUACACACAGAGGCUGGGCUGCCGUUCAGAUGCGUCUGCUGCAUGAGUUGGUCUAUGCCUCCCGCAGGAUGGGAAAUCCCGCACUCUCUGUGCGGCACCUAUCCUUCCUUUUGCAGACCAUGCUGGAUUUCCUGUCUGACCAGGAAAAGAAAGAUGUGACUCAAAGCCUGGAGAACUAUACCGCCAAGUGUCCCGGGACGAUGGAGCCCAUCACCCUCCCGGAUGGCCUCACGCUGCCUCCUGUGCCCUUUACUAAGCUGCCCAUUGUCAGGUGCGUGAAGCUGCUGAGUCUCCCCACCAGCCUCCGGCCGCAGAAGGUGAAAAGCUUGCUGGGGCAGAGCAUGUCCACCAAGAGUCCCUUCAUCUAUUCCCCAAUCAUCGCACACAACCGUGGAGAAGAACGCAACAAGAAAAUAGAUUUCCAGUGGGUUCAAGGAGACGUGUGUGAAGUCCAGCUGAUGGUGUACAACCCGAUGCCGUUUGAGCUCCGCGUGGAAAACAUGGGGCUUCUCACCAGCGGAGUGGAGUUCGAGUCUCUUCCUGCAGCACUCUCCCUUCCUGCGGAAUCUGGUUUGUACCCGGUGACACUGGUCGGGGUCCCACAGACUACAGGGAUGAUCACUGUGAAUGGCUACCACACCACAGUCUUUGGGGUCUUCAGCGACUGUCUUCUGGACAACCUCCCAGGACUGAAAACGAGCGGCUCCACCGUGGAAGUCAUCCCUGCCUUGCCAAGACUGCAGAUCAGCACAUCGUUGCCCAGGUCUGCACACUCACUGCAGCCUUCUGCCGGGGAUGAGAUAGCCACUAAUGUGUCUGUUCAGCUUUUCAAUGGGGAGACUCAACAGCUCGCCAUUACCUUGGAGAACAUUGGACUGGAGCCUCUGGAGCAGCUGGAGGUCACCUCAAAGCUUCUCACCACUAAGGAGAAGUUGUACGGCGACUUCUUGAGCUGGAAACUGGAAGAAACGCUGGCCCAGUUCCCUCUGCAGCCCGGGAAGGUGGCUACUUUCACCAUCAACAUCAAGGCAAAGCUGGACUUCUCUUGCCAGGAGAACCUCCUUCAGGAUCUGAGUGAUGAUGGAAUCAGUGUGAGCGGCUUUCCCCUGUCCAGUCCUUUCCGCCAGGUUGUCCGGCCCCGAGUGGAGAGCAGACCCACAAACCCUUCCGAGGGCAGCAAGACGGGGGACCUUGGCCACGUCAAGCGGCAGCUGUUUCAUGCCGGGAAAGAAGAAGAAGAGGAAGAGGAGAAAGAAGGGGAGGAAGCAGCAGCAGCAGAUUCCUCUCUGAUGCAUGUUUACUAUCAGCGCAGAACCCAUGAGGAGCGGAGUCCCUGUAGCUCUGAGCAGCUGUUGUCCUUGCUGCUGUUGGAGCUGCUGGAGGGGGCAGGCAGCCGUGCUGACAGAUGUAUGUGGCACUGUGGGUCUUUCCUUCACAAGGGGCAGAACCUAUGUUCAUAUGGCAGUGCCCAGUGGACUUCAAACCCUGCCAACCUGCAUGUGUUCCAGUGCUGGACAGACGCAGCAGUGUUCCUGUCCUGCUCCGAUGGAGUAAAUGGGGGUGUGUUUCUAAACAUGAGGUCUCAAGUCUCCUUGUCCAUCACACACAGAGCUUCUCUUGUAUGCUGGCCCUCCAUGGGGAGGCUGGUGGGAAGGCAGCUGUGACAGCCAUGGUCCUUGCCUAGUUUAUAUGCAGAAAGCUCCCAGGAAAAAGGCUUCACCCUGGGGACAACAUCAAGCUCAUUUUAUGCAGCUUGGCACACAGUCACAGAAGGCCUGUUAGUGUGCACCUGAGUUCUACUGACUGGGACUGUCUAUGUGUGUCACCGGCACAUCCAGGGCCUGAUUGAUAUGGGCCCAGGUAUAUAGUGUGUGUACCUAUGGCCUUUCUGACCUCUGAAGGGCAAGCACUUGGCCUCCUGAACUCCUCAUGGGCUCUGACCUAGGGAGCUUGGUAUGGAGGCUAUAUCAGGGUAGGCGAUGGGCAGCAAAUGGCUUCUGAGUUAGGAUUUAGGGUAAGUGAGAGGAAGAACAGCAAGCUUGGCUGGGCAUCAGCAGUGUGAGGGGGAUUGUAAGGGAGCCAAGCCACCAUAGCGCAGAGGGGACUUACUUGCCACUGACAACAGGGGAUGGCAUUACAGGUUUUCUGUCUUUAAAUGCUGGGCCUCACUUGCUCUCAGGGAGCUGUGAGUCAAAACCACAUGAAGAUGCCCAUCAAGCCAUCAAAAUGGCCACCAUCAAAAAGACAAGGUAUAGUGGGUGUUGGCAAGAGUGCUAAGAUAAGGUUGCUCAUUACACUUUGGGUGGUAAGGUCGAUUAUUGUAGCCACUGUGGAAAACUAACAAUAGAACGACUUCAUGAUCCAGCAAUCCUCCUGCAGCACUGUUCACAAAGGCCUGGUAUGAAGGCAACUUGAAUGUUCCUCAUAGGAUGAACAAGAUGAAUGCUAUGUGUAAUAUGUGCACAACAGGAUACUAUGCAGCUGCAGAAGAGGGUGUAAUCCUAAAACGUGUGAUAGGAUGGGUCAGUCCGUAGCACAUGCUUUAUCUGUGUAGCACAUGACACUAUGUCACAUGAAAUCAGCCAGGCACAGAAUGACAAACACUGCACCAUCUUACUCAUAUGUGGACCCUAACUAAGUCGAUCUCACAGCUUGUGGUGGCCAGGGCACAGGGCUAAACUGACACCUGGGAAAUUACAAUCAGGAGGAAUAAACCACACAACGGGGCUGACGUUGCUAAGAACAAUGCAGUGUCUCUCAGCAGUCAGGAGGAGGCCUGGACAUCCAGUGCAGCAGGAAUCCAAGUUUUAAGGUGCCAAGUCCCUGACUGAUCACUGCUGAGUAUUUGUGUGGAUCCAAACAUUGUUCUGUAUGUUCUUGUUAUUACAUGUGUAUUAUUGUCAUUUGCCUAUCAAAAAUUAUUUAAAAAGACAAGCCCUAGAGAAAGAUCACCAGAAGAAAACGACCUAUUCUAGCUCCCAGGGACAGCAGUCAUUACCAUUGUGUUGGCCACACACCGCGUGGAUGAGAGCCGUAUCAGCAGAGGAGCACUUCAUGCAAUUCGACGUCACUCCAUACAUGUAUUUAAAAUAAGAGUGUCUAUAUAUGCACAUGUGCAUGUGAGCGCUCAUGCCUGUCAGAGGCAUUGGAUCUCCAUUGGAUGAGGCUACAGUUGGUUAUAAGCUGUUUGAGCUGAGGGCUGAGAACCAAACUCCAGAACUCAGGUCCUCUGCAGGAACAGAGUAUAAACUCUUAACCUUCUUAAGAGCUAUCUCGUCAGUGUCCCCACCCCCUCCCUAAUUAAUUCUUGUUAGGAAAAACAAGCAUGCGGUACGCCCCCACCCCCACUGCACUCCUCCCUUCUCUUUCUCCCCUCCACCUCAUCUGCUAAAUUUUAUGACAUUGAUGAUGUCCUGAGUUCACGAUUUCACAAGCUCUCUGGCCUCCUUUCUCUGAAGGAGAGGCGUGCUCACGGCCUGCCCUUGACAUAUCCAUUUAUUCCAAGGUUGCUUGACUUUCUAAGUGUGAUUCUUAUUGUAACUGGAAUUUGUAGCCGGUAGAGAACAGGCUAGGCUUGGUUGCCUCUUCUAAUAGGUCAAUUAAAGAUGCAAGUGAUGGUGAGAGGCAGAGAGAUGUAUUCAGUGUGACCAUGUUGGGUGAUCCAGCGAUCCCAAGCCUGUCUUUGUGACAUUGAUGUGAACUUUUGGUUUAAACAGAGGGACAAAGUCACAAGGCAGGAGGUGCUCAUUAACAUUACGUAAGUAAGAGUCCCCAUUCAUGCCUGUCUCAGGUCAGGUCCUGAAAGUCCUUAGUGUCGAUCGUGCAAACUGGUCCUCAGGAAGUGAUUGCGUCUGUCCUCCAGUGUAGUCUUGCCCUGUGGACAGCUGCCCUCCUCUGGGGGUAGUCUGUCCUCUGAGACUGUGGCUACAGGUUUGGGACAGUGACAUUAGCUCUGUGCAUUCAGCCUAUAAGAUAAGCAGGUGAUCCACAGUAAAGAAGACAGAGAAUAGGUGGGGACCAAGCUGUAAACCUGUGUACCUGGGUGAGGAGUGGCGUUUCCUAGCAAACACAGCCUCUAAGUACCUGUUCAAUUGUCAUUAAGAACGCUUUUGUUUGAGGGUAGCUGCCUGUUAGGGGACAAAUUUCUACAUUUCCUAUACAACAAGGCAGUCACUAAAUACUAACUGGGUUACCCGUGUCAGGUUUUAAGGGUUUAAGCAUAGAGCAGGAUGUUCAAGACAAACAGAAUCCUGUGAGCACAGACUUACGGCUUAGUGGGAGAGGGAAAGUGAUGGAGUGAACAGGAAAAUGAGUGCUGAGUACAGCUCUUCUAGGAAGAGAAGUAGGCAUGUAGCACUGUGAGGCACAGGCUAGCUCAAAGAGGAUAGAUGAGCAGAAAUCUUUCAGGCAGAAAUAACAGCCUAGGCAUUACAUGGGUGCUAGGUUCUCAAAGAGCUGGGAAGUCAGAGCCUGAGGUACCGGGAUGUCAUACAAGACCAUGAAUGGUGUGCUUGCUCUUGAGUCUGUGGGUAGAAAGAGAAGGGUGAAAUUGUACAGCCAGGAGGCAUGAAUGGAGAACAAUGGGCAUCUCCCAUAGGCCAUGUAGGCUGGGCCUGGAGAAAAGUUGGUGCAGCAGUUUGAGGAGAAGCCACUGUGAAAACAGAGAACCAAGCAGAGAUCUCCCGAAGGCCCGGGAAGAAAAGCCAAAAGUGCUACUGUUGUUGGUUGUGUGCACGAGCACAGGCCUUGUUAGAGUGGCUAUGGCGGGAGUACACAGAAGGCCUCAGCUCUACAGCAGUGGUUCUUAACCUCUGGGGAUUGAGCAACCCUUUCACAGGAUCAGGUAUCAGAACUUCUGCAUGUCAGAUAUUUACGUUACAAUUCAUAACAAGAGCAAAAUUACCGUUGUGAAGUAACAACAAAAAUAGUUCUAUGGUUGGGGUCAGCACAACAUGAGGAAUUGUAUUAAAAGGUCACAACGUUAGGAAGUUUGAAAACCACUGCUCUAGAGGGUUCCACAGCAAAGGGCAGAGCAGAAUCUUUGGCUGAAGGGAAGUGCAUGAGAAGCAGACCGAACUCAUCGGGUGGGCAAAGGUAUGCAGGAACUUUGGGAGCCAGCCAUGGGAGGGUACAGGGGAAGUGGGACCUAAGAGCCACAUGGCUUCGAUUGACUUUGCCUAGAAGAAUCUGAGGCUUGGCCUCAGCAAUUUACACCCCCACCCACUCUCUCUGUCUUUAUUCUCGUGUUCUGAUCUUUCUUUAGGUCUGCCUGUCUCCCACCUGUGCUGCACACCUCUGUGAGAUUUGACCUUAGCCACAGCUAGCUGUGUUUCCAGAUCAUCUGUAUUUUCUUUGAGGGAGGUGUGCUGAUCCUCAGGCUGCUGCAUGCUUCAGGCAGGGAAAGCCAUCCCCUCAGCAGUGAAUAUGGAAACCUGGCCAUCUUCACCCUUACUUCUUUUCUACCAUCUUCCCCUUCUAUGAGGUGUCAGUGAUUCAAGGGGAUGGCAAGAUGGGGUGGGUUGUCUGAGUUACAAGGCCUUGGACUCAGAAGAGAAUUCUGUCAGGCUUUGGAGAGGAAGACAUGCUUUUCACAGCGGAUGGAGGAAGGAAGGAUAGAUAAUAUGCUGGAGACAAGACCUGGCUUUGCCUUGGGGCCUCACAUCAGGGUAGGGUUAGCCAGGUACCAGCUGUUCUUGGAGUUAUGGAGGAAGACCUGCUUUUGGUCAGCAGUGUGGCCCUUUCCUCUGUAAGUGGCAGUGGGGGCUUGGGCAGAACAAGAACAAGAUGGCUCACUUUGAAAUAGAGUAGAUGGGCCAGCCAUACGCUGGAACCUGAAGCCUUACACCCCCUCCAUUGGCAUCCAGAGCUCUCACACUCUGGUCCAGCAACUGUCGAAGCAGUUCUUUUCAGGAGAGCAUUUAGAGAGUCUCCUUUAAGGAACAUGUUCUCUGCAUCAGAAAGUGAUGAUUUAUCCAUAUGGUAAACAGAGAAGGUUGGAAUUCGCCUUUUUCACACCAGUCAUUCCAAUCUUUUUUUUUUUUUAAAUUGUAUUUUUUUUCUUUAAACAACAUUAUGAAGAGAGCCCAACGUGUGACACAGUCAUGUGUGGUGGGUGUUGCAUUGUCAGAAGUAGUGCUGGGUGCCUGGAGUCUCAGUCACAUAGUCUCUGCUGGUCCCUAGAGUGUUCUACCCACCAAGGAUGAGAUAAGGUUUGCCCUUUCAAGGUCUAUAGCGACACAUCAGUAUGCUGCCACCCUCUAUCUACAUGUACUUUGGCCACAGACAAGCCAGACAGAGAGCUAGCAGAGUGAUAGGCCAAGACCCAGGCUCUGGCCUCACCCUAGCUGUUACACCAGCCUUCCUGCUGGACAAGUUCCCAUACCUCUCCUGACCUCAGUUUCCUUUCUGUAGGAUGGGCAUCUCGACAAGCCUGCUUCCAGGAUGCUUUGCAUGGGAUGAAAUAGGAGAUACUAGGCCACAGCUUAGUUCUGUGUCUGGCACUUUCUGGUUCUUGGUAAACUUCCCCAAGGCAGGGAAAGAUGUUGGUUAUCAUAGCCUCUAAAGCAGUGGGUUCCUAAUGCUCCAACCCUGUAAUACAGUUCCUCAUGUUGUGAUGACCCCCCAGCCAUAAAAUUAUUUUCAUUGCUACUUUAUAACUGUAAUUCUGCUACUGUUAUGAAUCAUAAUGUAAAUAUCCUAUAUGCAGAUAUCUGCUACUACCCCAAAGGGAUCAAGAUCCUCAGGUUGAGAAUCCUAGAACCAGGAAACACAGACAGAUGUGCCUUGUGGCCAAUAAUAAAGCCUUUUCAUUACUGUUCACUGAUAAGGGCCUUGGGGAUCUCAUCCUGCCUGUGAUGGAGAGAGCAGCACUGCCCCCGGGGGUAGGCACAACUGUCACUGCUACCUCCCCGGUUCAUGCUGUCCUUCUGGAAAGGAAACUUCAGGGCUAGAUCUCAGAUGCAGGCCCUUAAGCAUUGUGCAGUUUCUGUAGCAGUAUGGGAGACUCUUAGCCAUGGAGGUAGCCAUUUUCUGUGCAUUCAGAAUAGCUGGCUCCCAUCUAAGGCAGCAACAGACUGAAGCAAUCGUGAUAAAAACAUCACUGUACCAUCCAUUCAGGAUAUUUUAGUGGUCCGUUUUACCUUUGUUGACAUUCAUUUCUUUUACAACAGUAGAAUACGUUUAGUUUAGAAGAUAUUAAAACGGUUGGAGGAAAAGCAAAGAACAAACACCCGGCCUUGGUUUUGCAUAUUUGUUUACAUCUUUUUUACACGUUCUUGAGUGCCACCUUCAUGGUAGGUGAUAUUCCAAGCUGUUCGUUAAAAUGGCCCUGCCUCAUACAGGAAUGGAAGAACAGAGAAGGAAGUGGUCCGCAUGAUCUUACGCAUGAUCUUAUGGUGGCGCAGUGCAAGGCUUGGCUUCCAGGUUACGUGCUCUGAAUGCUGGGUGUUUGUUUGGUUUCUUGCUUCCCUCCUCUGAUGGUCUCAUUUCUUAGUUUCAAUCAGCAUUCAUCCUAAUUUUAUUGUUUAUGUUCUGACGAGCCCCCCUCUCUCUCUUCCUCUCUCUCUCUCUCUCUCUCUCUCUCUCUCUCUCUCUCUCGCUUUCUCUCUCUCUCGUUGGGCAUUUAGCUACUGUUUUCUUUUUCACUGAUUUUAUAAACUGUGUUGUGAUAAACAUACUUUGCCCCGUGGAAAGACUUUGACGAAGUCUUCUGAGGAUUCUCAGAGGUAUAGUGACUUAGAAGCUACAAACAUCUUAAGUCCUUAGGUACUUGCUGUCAAAUUGCUUUCCAGAAGAACCAGAGCUACCAGCUGUGUCUGAAGGUACUUGUUCCCCUCCCUCCCCAGCAAUGGACUUUCCUUUUAUAACCUCAGACCUAUGUGGACUCAGCUGAAAAUAUAUAAUUUUGUAGGCUUGAACUAAAUCAGAACAUUUAGAUUUCUUUUUAACAAAAGUGUGCAUGGAGGGGAGAAUGGUUUGUCUUUUGCAAUUUUUUUUUGAAGCAGGAAAAUUAAUAGGAAUAUUGAGUGAACAAAAAUACAAAAUUAAUAACAUUUUGUCAAGGGCUGGGCUAUUUAUUUGAAGCAGUAUUUUCAAAUUUAGUACUCAGUAAUCCUUGACUUCUUGCCCCUUUCACGCAUCUGUCACUCCUGUAAUGGUAAUUAGGUUGUUAAAAUGCAGGGAAAUCUCAGGCUCUGCUGCUGAUGGGCCCCUCUCUUACCUGCCUUUGUUAUUUGGGAGAUGAGAAUGCCCUGUCUGUCUGAGCUUUGGGGGUGGGUCUGUCUCCAAUCUGCCAGUACCAGGCAAGAGGUAAUGGGGCUCUUUUGUGUAGAGGAAGCUUUGAAUCACCAGGAGUUCAACAUGCUUUCCUCCUUACAAGAUGCACUGCUGUCUAAUACAUGUUUUAGAUUCUUUCUUCCUUUUAAGUUUUUAGCAAAAAUUUGCUACUCAGCCCAGGUCAUCAGAACAUUCGGCUUUCAGGGGGCUGUUGGCCCUGAUAACCAGAGCUCGGGGCUCUCACAAGGGACAGAUAAGAACUCAAAUUUCAGAUAAGGAGGAAAAGGGCUAGAAUGCUCUAAUGCCCUUUCUUCUACCAACAACACCCUUUCUAGGUUAAGGAUUCUUCCCUUUCAUUAAAUUCCCAAUUCUGUGAGGGAAUGCUGUCUGCACAGAGUGUUGGGGCCUGAGUGGUCAGAGGUAGGCAGGCUGCCCUGCAAAAAAGAUAGGACCAGGUGCUGUGGAGAGCAUCAAGUGCUGUUUGGGUCCUUGUUUUAUCUCCUUCUCUAGGCUCCUGUGAGGAUGCCACACAAUGAGAAACAUAGAGUGAACUAAACACACCCAACAUUUCCCACCCCACCCCCCAAAGAAUAUGGUUCUGGUUCCCCCUUCAUUGGUGGCUGUGUGACUGAUAAUGCUUUAAUGGAGGAACCAGAGACGAAUUUACAACAUCUGAUUCUAUUUUCACUGAGUUCUAAGGGGUCCUGCCUCCUGUCUACCUGGAUGAACACCUUGUGGUUCUGUGCUGCACCUAACAGAUUCUGGGCUGCCUCGUCCUGCAGUGGGUGUGAAUGCUGGACCUACCACCUGUUGACCUUGCCAUGGAUGCUUUGUCCAGUCUGCCCCCUUCCCCAUUCAGCCUUAUCCCUGGACUUACAUCCUGUUUUAACCCCACAGGUUACUAAACUGAGGUCUGGAUGGGGUCAGAGGUGCUGACCAGCCCAGGCUUUAAGGAGAGAAGUAUCUUCCUAGGGUGCCUGAGCCCUGCUGCAAGUGUCCAUCUCAUUUGUACUUUACUUUUUUUUUUUUUUAAUCUUUCUUAACUUGAGUAUUUCUUAUUUAUAUUUCGAUUGUUAUUCCCCUUCCUGGUUUCCGGGCCAACAUCCCCCUAACCCCUCCCCCUCCCCUUCUCUAUGGGCUUCCCCUCCCCAUCCUCCCCCCAUUACCACCCUCCCCGCAACAAUCACAUUCACUGGGGGUUCAGUCUUGGCAGGACCAAGGGCUUCCCCUUCCACUGGUGAUCUUACUAGGCUAUUUAUUGCUACCUAUGAGGUUGGAGCCCAGGGUCAGUCCAGGUAUAGUCUUUGGGUAGUAGCUUAGUCCCUGGAAGCUCUGGUUGGUUGGCAUUGUUGUUCAUAUGGGGUCUCGAGCCCCUUCAACCUCUUCCAGUCCUUUCUCUGAUUCCUUCAACGUGGGUCCCGUUCUCAGUUCAGUGGUUUGCUGCUGGGUGUGUACUUUACUUCUUGCUUUUCAUGUAAAAUAUAUUUUCUUCUAAAAAUGACUUCAAAGUUCCAUAAAAAUUUAUAUUCGAUGUAGAGAGAUUCAAAGGCAGGAGGGAAUGCUUCAUCAUCUACAGGUUGAGUGGCAGACAGUGUCUCCUCUCUUUGAAAGUAAGGUGUUGAAGGCAUCUUGAGGUGAGUAUUUUUGUACAGUGGUCCCAUCCUGUUACCAUAGCCAAGCGCAAGACUCAGUUCUCCAGCUCUUAUUAGAGGAGGGGUUUUGUUUUUACUUUCAGCCCCCAGGGACCCCUGCUCUUGACGUCAGGUUUGCUAGGCCCUUCUGCCUCUGAGCUUGCCACAUUGUUCCUCUGUCUGGAAUGCCUCCCCUCACCUCCCAGUGCACCUGUCCCUCCCACUUCAGCUGGCCUGCGCAUUGUUCAGGAAGCAUCUCUGAUGUCUACUCUGUGGUAUUGGCCUCUUCACCUGACUUCCCACACGGUCAGGAGCUCCUCCCAGACCCUUCUCUGGCCAGCCUUGGCCCUGGGCUCCAUCUGUGGCUUCGGGGUGAGUUCUUUGAAAUAGGGGGUCCUAUAACACGUGUUCCUUCAAACCUUUUUUUCUGUGAGUCGUUGAGAAAACCAGAAAGCCUUUGGAUCCUGUUUAUAUUCCUGUCUUCCAUUAAGCUAUAUUUUCCUUAAAAGCAUGAAUUGUGCACAUUCAUCCUUCAUCCAUUCAUCCAUUUGCUACUGAGUGUCCAGUGUGCUUUCGGGUAAUGGGGAGAUAUUAUAUGUAUGUAUCUAAAGAUGUGAACUUUUAAAACAUUCUAACAAAUACUUGAUAUAAUCAUCUUAUAAAUGAAGAAUGUAUCCUGGUUAACAGCUUUGGCAUUUCCAGCCUCUGAUUGUUGUCUCUCUGCUUUCAGGUCUGUGAGGGGUGACAUCACGGUAGGGAGCCUUGGUGGAACAAAGCUUCUCACUUCCUUGAGAAGGGGAGAAUGGGAAGGGUCAUGCUCCCACAGUACCUUUUAGGGCAAAGACUUGAAACCUGAUACACCCCAGAUGUCAAGUUGGAGAUCAAGAUUUUAGCAUAUGGACCUUGGGAGAGACUUAAAAAUCCAAAAUAUAGCUGUCAUAUCACACACACACACACACACACACACACACACACACACACACACACACACACAAAACUUUCUCUGCAGAUUGUGACUGGUGUCUAAAGUAGUUGACACAAAUGCCUGAAGUUAGAGACUACCAGCUUGGUCAUGGCUGUGGAGGACAUUGAAGUUGAGGUUUUCUUGUGACCACAAAGCUGGUCUUCAUGACUAUAUCAAAUCCUACAGUAAGCAGUAAGACCUGGGUAUUGCUGCCUCUAAGUUGAGCUGGUCACUAAGAGUCACAUGCAGAAGACGUGCUUGACCUAAAGGCCCCAUCCCCACCUCCACUCUCUUCUUCCUUCGUCUCUGGUGUUUUUGAUGGUUGAUCAUUUCUAUAUCGUGGCUUGAUAAAAGAGGGCAUGAAUGCCAUUCUGACUUUGUAAACACAGUUCAGUAAGCCCCGUGUGAUGUACAACAGCAGAUCAGCAGGGGAAGGUGCUAGUGAGGAUAGGCUCUUGUGGGCACUCACCAUGCAAGUGACAUCAUCAAGGGGUGUGGCUAGUUGACCUACCUUCCAAGAAUGACAGUCAGACUAUUUUCUCAAUACAGAUCAUCAUAGUGAUAUGUAGUACCUGAGGGCAGCCUGACAAAUGGCUCCCUACUCUCUUUCCUUGGGCAACUGCCCCUCAGAUUGGCAGGUGGUGUCUGGGAGUUCCUUGUAGGCACAGAGCUCGAAGGAGAUCAAGUAUUCUCUUGCUGUGGGCACAGCAUCGCCCUUUUCGUCACCAUGUUAGAAGUGACUCUCAGAAGAGAUUCUGUUCUUAUAGUUAGCUCUUCCCAAUCAGUGACUGCAAAGACAGCAAUCAUAAGGAGAGCCAGAGUGCCCUGCACCCAGUUUCUAGAAAGCAGGAGCUGUGGCCUGCUCCCACAUGAAACUCAUAAUAUAAUGAGUUGCAAUCUUGUGGAUGUUUUGUAGCCUGGUGGUCUAUUUCCUUAAAGAGGAAAUUGGUUAUGAAACAUGUGGGAAGCGAGCCUGGUGGUACACACCAAUGCCAGCAUUUUCCUCCUUGUGCACUUUCUCCCAUUAUGCAGGAUCUUGGGGUGUUGUGGAGAAAGCCACAUACCUGCUCCAUAGCCCAGGUGAUGACUUUCUGUGCGUCUCCUUUCCAGGGACCCUGGUCUUCAGGGACAGUCUUCCCACGUUUCACUCACAGGGCAGCUGAAGCCAAGGUUUGAGCAUGGGUGUAAACUGGGGCUGCCAGGCUCUGGGGGUUAGAGCAGGUCUUAUCUGCCUUUUCCAGGUAUAUCUGGCUGAAGGUGUAGAAGACGGUGGUUAGCUCUGGGGACAUGCACUGCCUGCCCAUCCACACUGCCCCAGGAAACCACAUCACCAUUUUUUCCUCGAUACUUUGCACCUUCUCCAUGGUCUGAGUCCCUGGUACUGAGACCUUCUUUGGAUAGGAGCAAUAGGGACAAAGGGGACCAGGACUCUUUUGCAAAGUAGUGACAGCUAUACUAUUGUCUCCAUGUGCACAACAAACUUGCCUCAUAUGAGGAGUCAGUGAGAGGACAGACAUGAAAGUGCGUGUCUGGGACCCGGUAGAUGAUUAAGACGUUAACAAUUCAAUACAUGGAACUUGGAGCUAACGAAGGGGCAGAGCUGUGCAGUGAGUCCUCUAUAUCCUUCUGGUGUGGCUUCUGCAGUUGUCAGCCCCUCAUCAUUCUCUACCCACCCCAUCUCUUCCCUUCCCCGACAAGGAUAUCGGGAAGGAUAACAGUGGUGAUUUCCAGUCACUUGUCUUUAACUUGAACAGGUAUGAGAAUCUCAACACUAAGGUGCUGAUGAUUUCACAACAACACAUGCUAGAGUCCAUUCCGCCUUCCUGGAGAAACCCUCAUGUCCCCUCUCUAUCAGUCAUUGUACUGAAUAUGAGAGGAUUUCCCCUUUUGAUUCAUUCAUCAGAGUCUCUUUUGGACAGUCAGGAAGCAGGUGUUGGGGAUUGGUUCUAAUGCUUUGAAUUAAUCUUGUCCCCAAAAUCAGGAAUCUGCAUGUCCAAAUGCUGAAGGCCCUUGUCCCUGAUUGGUUUUUGAUUGAUCAAUAAAGAGCCAACGGCCAAUGGCUGGGCAGGCAGACUGAAGUGGGACCUUUGGAUUUGCACAUGCUAGGAACAAGGGAAAGGAUAGAGUGGAUGGCCACUGGCCAUUUCCCCGAUUGGGCCUGGAGUAGCAGGGGAAGGUUUAGGAGUUUCAGGAGUGUGGGAGGGGCACUUUUGCUAGCAGGGGAAGGUUUAGGAGUACCCAACCUUUGAACUAGUCAUGGCAUAUCAUAAAUUAACUGAUUGUGUGUGUGUGUGUGUGUGUGUGUGUGUGUGUUUGUACCCGUAUUGUUAUGGCCAUUUGCAUGUAUAUGUAAUACAUGAUGUUAAAUCUAGAUUUGUCUCUGAGAGGAAAUGUCCUAUGUGGUAUUCCAUACCACCCUCAUUACUCUUCCUCUCUUGUUCCCCCUCCUCCCUUUAGACCUCUUCCUAUUCCCUUCCUAGACUUCCUUCUACCUUUGUGUAUUAACAUGAGGGAAAAGGUAAUAUUUUUCCUUCUGGGUCUGGCUUCUUUCACUAAACAUGAUGAUCUCUAACUCCAUCUGUUUUCCCGAUAAUGUUGAUUCCGUUCUGCUGGCAGCUGGUGAGAACUCCUCAGUAGAUACGCACUACGUCUUCUUUAUCUGCUUCCCUGUUGGUGGAUGCUCAGCUCAUCCUGUAUCUUGGCUCUUAUGAGAGGUGCAGCAGUAAACACGGGUGUGCAGGUCUCUCUGGUGCGCAGACAUAGAUUUCUGUAGGUCUGUAUGCAGGAGUGGUAUAGCUGGAUCGUACGAUGUUCAGCCUCCAUGGUGGUGGCUCCAGUUCCUGUUCCUACCUCCAGGGAAUGAGGCUCUCUUUUCCACCUGCAUCCUUCCCAGUGGUUGAUGGCAUUUUUCUUCUUGAUGAUAGCCAUUCUCAUCAAGAAGAAAUGGAAUCUGAGUGUGGUUUUAAUUUCAUUUCCCUGAUGGAUAAGGAUGCUGAACAUUUUCUAUAUUUAUUGGCCAUUUGCAUUUUUAAGUUUUGGAAACUGUGUUCCUUUGCCUUUUUAUCGAUUAGAUACUUUCUUUGUCUUACAUUUAACUCUGCAAGUUUUUUUUUAAAUAGACACUCUAUAUUGAUCUCCCUGCUUCAUGGUUUGCUUUGCUGUACAGAGCUUUUUAAUUUCGUGUAAUAACACCUGUUGAAUCUUGCUGUUGCUUGGUUUAGUGAGUUUUGACAAAGUCAUAUCUGUGACCACAUCGACACAGUCACAAUAGAGUAGAAUUCUCAGGCAGCCAGACCUAGCUCUGAUCUGUCAUUUCUGCAGCUUUUCCACUGUGCUGCUUGUAUCUCUUGAGAGGACCCUCUGGGCUAUCCUUAUGUUGAUCACGUGCUACACUGUGAUGUUUUAUCUUUUCCUGUCCCCUGCUAGUCACUGACCUAGUGUGUAGCCUUUGAAACGUCUUAGUUCUCUUGUCAGGAUGACAAGGUUUUGUUCAGGGCAGCCUAUCUCAUCCUCUGAAUCCUUCCAGGAGCCUGAGUGAGGUAUCUGCAUUGUUCAGAGUAGCCCAGUGGCAGAAAGGAACUACAGCUUGAAGGGGUGUUAGGUGCACUAUACGCCUAGCCAAUUUCGCCUCCAGACACCCAGAGGCAGGCACAAAGGGGACCAGAGCCCCAAGGAUCAAUAUGUUUCCUCUAGUUAGCCUGUUUCCCUUUUACUGUGGAGCAAGAAUGGUCUGGCUUACUAAACAUUUCCUCCCUUGGUAAUUGCUAAUUAAAUAUUAAUUAUUUUAAAAAAAUAUUACAUUACUUUAAGCUACCAUUAUAUACGAAUGUAUAUACUGCAUAACUAUGUAUAUGCAUAGAUGAGCUUAUUUUAUAUUAUGCCAGUACUGGUCAAGAUGUGGGGAGACUGAUAUCUUUCAGUUUCUGCUGCCUGUGUAAUCUGGUCCAGUUCUGUAGAAUGACGACCUAUUCUAUUGUGGAAUCCUAUGCUUCCAUUUAAAACAAUUCAAAACCAAAGGAAGAAGACAUACAUAAAGAUUCUUCCCAGAGAUUAGGGCAAGUUAAAUGUCAAUCAAAAGAAUCAUUUUUGGUGGCAUGUGGCUCAUUUAUAUACCAACAUAUCAUGCAUUCUUUAAAAGAUGCAUUAGUCUGUCUUGUGUUGCUUUAGUGAAAUACCCAAGACUGGAUCACUUAACAAGGAGGGUUGUUUAUUCAUGUGCAGAAGGAGCCCAGCAUGUGCAGUCUCCUUGCUUUGUGGCAGAGAGAGACAGAGAGAUGGUCUCAGUCCUGCUCUCUCCUUGGGGUUGGUGGAAUCUCCACAGUCUGAUCAACUCCUAACAGUUCCACUGACACUCAGCACCAAGCUCUGAGCGUGCGAACGUGGAGGAGCAACACACACCCAAACUGUGAUGGACGCCAUAUUGCUUUGUCUUGUCUGAGUUCAGAGUGCUUAUCUCCUGCUGUUUUGCCCAUGUUCCAUACCCCGAUGACUUCAGGGGGAGGCACAUUACCAUUACUCUAGAGGUAUAGAUUAAGGCCUUAACUUCUUCAUCUGCUGAGGUUCUGAGCAGUUUGUGCUAACUCUGAAGCUUAAGUCCGCCUUUUCCUCUUGAGUUGGAGUCCAUUCUUAUCACUGUUACCGCUGUCCGCUGUGUUGGGCCAGUCGUAGAACUGGGCAGAACUGCUUCUCUGUCAAUACAUCAUGGGUUCUGCCAUUACACUUCACACUCUUAAGCAGCUCCGUGAGCUCAGUGGUCUCUGGGUAGAGGACAUGAGCAUUUCUCUUGUCCACAGGUAUGUCUGCUGAGUCCAGGGCCUGGCAGACACUUGUGUGUGCUAGGGACUAUGGCACAGCCAGUUAGCGCCUGCAUUUCAGAAAGCCAUUUCCUCUGCAUUGCUUUAAAAAAAAAUCCCACUUUUGCUUCUAAUGUUCUUUAUUCCCAAUAUAUUGUGUAUGCAAGGGAAAUUCAAGGGUGAAUUACUCAAUAUAGUAACACAAAUUAAAUAAUCAAACUAGCAUUGACACCAAAAGGUUCAUGCAUAAUUCAGGUAGUUAAGACUCACUGAUUUAAUUUAUUAGGCAAAGCUAGAUUGCGGUACCAAACGAAGCACUGUUAGGAGGGAGGCUUGAACAUGUGUCCAGCUAGGUGCUGUUUGUGGUAAACUUAAUUACGCUUUGAUUGCUGCCUGCAAAAUACAAAUGGACUAAUUAAGUGAUUUUGAUCUCAGAAGUUCAUAAUAUAGGUGAUCGCCCAUUCUGGCUUCACCCAGCAUACAUCGGGAGGCUAGGUUGGAACUGUUCUUUAGAAUGAUGAAUGUGAGUAAUAGUAAUAUCCCUGAAAGUAAAAACUAGUUCACAAGUGAGCAAGAUUCCCAAGUCCAUCCUGCGGAUGCAGAGGACUCCUCCCCUUCAGCUGCUGGCUCGGCCUUUUGAGUGGCAUGUAGCAUCGGUGAUAUCUUAGUUACUUUUCUAUUACUGUGAAGAGACAUCAUGACCAAGGCAACUUUCUUUUAUAAGAUAACAUUUAAUUGGGGCUUACUCACAGUUUCAGUGGGCGAGUCCAUGACCAUCCUGGUGGGAAGUGUGGCAGCAGGCAGACAAGGCAUGGGACUGCAGUAGUAGCUCAGCGCUAACAUAUGAUCCACAGCUCACGCGUAAGCUCAAAGUGACACACCUCCUCCAAUAAGGCCACACCUCCCGAUCCUUUCCGAAAGUGUUCUGCCAAUUAAGGACCAGACAUUCACAUAUAUAGGAGCCCAUGGAGAAUAUUUCCUGUUCAAACUACCAUUUCUACUUUCUGGCCCCAACAGGCUUGUAGCCAUAUCAUAAUUCAAAAACCAUUCAGUCUAAUUUCAAAAGUCUCCAUAGCAUUUCACUCUCAAGACGAUUUAAAAGUUCAAACUUCCUUAUGAUACUCAAGGCAAUUUCUUAACUGUAACUCCUAGUAAAAUAAAGAAGUGACGCUAUGCUUCCAACAUAGCAAAGCUCAGAUUACACAUUACUCUUCACAAGCUAGGGAAGGGAGCAUGGCGGGGAAAUACAGGACUAAGGAAGACUGAAACCCAGCGGGGCAAACUCCAAUUCCUGACUCAGGUGACGCUUUGGAUCUCUCACUCCUGCCAGCUUUGUUGUGUUCUAGCAACACACUUCUCUCUUUUGGACUGAUUCCACUUCCUGCAUGCAACUCUGCUCAGAAAACAUCCCAGGACUCUGGCGUCUCCAGCGUCUUGGGGUCUCCAAUAUACUCCAGGCCUCACUUUCACAGCUUCAUGGAAUGGUCUCUCCAGCCCACCAUGCAGGGACUCCCAGGACACACACCUGACCUGGUGACUUCCUUGACUACAGAGGAAGAGUCCAUAUCCCUUUUGCCAUGUGGCCAAUUCUGCCAAAUUCUGCUGUCUGCAGGAACGGGAAGGACUGGAAUAUGACCUCCUCGAAUUUCAUUUGCAUAAAAUGUCUUCUGAAGUUCUUUUUUAGGGGAAGGAAAUCCUUCAGGACUUUUCUUCUCAUAGGUUGCAGGAUUAGCUGCGUGUGUCCUUGCCCUGAGGGCACCACUCCGUUUUUUCCGCAUGCAGCAUCAAAUCUUUUUUUGAAUUUAUCAUCUCCUUGAGCAUAAGACUUGGCUUCAACAUUACAUUCCUGUUGUCCUUUUUCUCCUCGGACUCUAUAUUUUGAUUCUUUUUGCCCUGUUUGCCCCUUUUCCAUUGUAGAUCUGCAUAACAGUACUAAUAAUCACACGACACAGUCAAUACUAGGCCAUCUUGAAACCUUCUCUGCUUAUGAAAUUAGUACAAAACUCGAUUAAUCCUUAGGCAGAUGCUUAGGUCAAGGGUAAAAUGCUGCCAUAUUCUUUGCCAAAAUAGCACAAGUGUUGUCUCACUGACCCUUGUUAAUAUUUUUUCGCCCCUGAAACCUCUUGAGCUGGACAUCCAUAUUCCCCCACAUCGUCCGUAGCUCCACUGUCUUCUGCGCUCCUAAGAGGAUAGCACAUUAAGCUCCUCUUACAGCAUUGCACUACUUUACUAGUUCAGAGUCUCAAAAUCAGCGUGUCCAAGCCUGUCACGGCCAUGCCCCAGUCCCUGGUACCAACUUCUGUCUUAGUCACUGUUCUAUUGCUGUGAAGAGGCAUCAUGACCAACACAACUGACUUAAAAAAGUGUUUAACUUGAGGGUUUGUUUGCAGUCUCGGAGGGCGAGUCCAUGACCAUAGUGGCAGGCAGGUGGGCGGGCGGGCGGGCCUGCGGGAAGGCGGGAUAGCAGGCGGGCGGGCAGGCGGGCAGGCAGAGAGGCAGGCGGUGGGCGGGCAGGCAGGCAGGCAGGCGGUGGGCGGGCAGGCAGGUGGGCGGGCAGGCAGGCGGGCAUAUUGCUGGUGCAGUAGCUGAGAGCUUAUGUCUUGAUUCAUAAGCAGGAGGCAGAGAAAAAGUGACUUUUGAAACUUUAAGCCCAGGCCCAAUGACACACCUACUCCAACAAGCUCAACCUCCUGAUUGUCCCCAUAACAGUCUACCACCUAGGGACCAAACAAAUGAGGGCCAUUCUCAUUGAAAUCACCACAGGCGGCUUUACAGCCAAUCACAGCAGAAGGUGGGGCCUUCACUUCCCUCCUGUUCUCUCUGUACUUCCCUUAGUUUCAGUUGUAUAGUAAGUUUUGUGUGUGUGUGUGUGUGUGUGUGUGUGUGUGUGUGUGUGUGUGUGUGCACGCGCGCGCGCGCGCGCGCGCGCCUGUGUUGAUAUGUAUGUACCUGCACACACCCUUUUUUUUUUUUUUAAUGGUAAGGCUUCCACAGAGUUUGGAUAAGGCUGCCUGUCUAGUGAGCCCCCUGGCUAGUGAGCCUUGAGAACCCUCUCUAUCAUUUUAAGUACAUGCCACCAUAACUGACCUUUUGUAUGGGUGCUGGGGAUUGAACUCAGUUCCUUAAACCAUUAAGGCAAGUACUUUACCACUGAGCCAUUGACCCAGCUUCCGUAUUUUUCUCUACAAUAGCUCUGAGUCACCUCCCCAGACCACUGCUGUGACAUCCUCAGGCAGUUCCAUUCCCCUAAGGCCCAUAGCCAGCCCUGGAGAUCUGAAAACCAAGCCACCUUUGUCAUUGAUGGCUAGGAACUUGGAUACCCAAAGGAACUGGCAGUUCCAACAGAAGGUCACACACUGUAAGUGAAAGUCCAGAAGCAGUAAGUCAGUUGCCUUAGCAAGUGCACACUCCCCUGUCUUUUGUGCCAGUGAAAAACUCUCCCUCCUGUACAUCCAAAUGUUCCUUCUUGGAUAUUUGCGGUGUAGGGCCAGAUGUGCUCCCCAUAUAUGUACAGAGAGCCAAAAAUGGGGCUGUGUCACUAGACUUCAUCAUGUCCAUGUUUGGGGAGAACAACUGAAUCCCCUCUACUACAGUUCACUCUGUCAGGGACCAGUGAUACCCACAUCACUAACCCAUUAAGCACACAUUUGCUUCAGCCUUUAUGCAGGAUUGAUUCCAGAACCCUCUGAAUACCAAGUACACAGAUGUCUGUUGUAUGACAGAUACAACAAAGUGUACAAUUGCAUACAGCAUGCACACUUCCUCUCAGACACUCCCCACCACAACCACGUACAAGACAUGUAAGAUGGUGCAGGUGUUCAUUAUGCCGAGCUGUUUAGCCAGGGAUGCACAUGUGUGCACACACUUUCGAGGGCAUACAUACUCACACUCACACACUCACAUACUCAAAUACACACUCACAAAUCCUCAUAUCCUCAAACACAUAUACAUGCUCACUCACAUACACACUUAAACUCAUACACUCACAUACUCACAUACUCAAAUACACACUCACAUCCUCAUAUCCUCAAAGACGUACACACUCAACGACAUACACAUACACACACACACACUUUAACUCAUACACACACUCACAUACUCACACAUACUCACACAAUACACUCCCACACACACACUUAUUCAAACACACUCACAUCCUCAAACACACAUACACACACACACACUCUCACACAUUCAUAUACUCCACACACUCACAAACAUACACUCAUACACUCACAUACUCAAACUCACAUGCACUCACAGACUUAUAUACUCAAACACAUACACUCACACACACACACACACACACACACACAGUCACACACACACUCACACGCAUAAUCACUCAUACACCCACACAAAUGUGUUCCCGAGCUGCUCUUUUUUUUAAUCUAGGCCCAACAUAUCCUAGGUGUUAAAUAAACUCUUGAUACUUUUAUCCUCCAUGUAAUUACUUCCUAGUUAAUUUAUUUUCUGUGACCUAUUUACAAACUGUAAUUUAGAGCAAAUCCAAUUAAAAUUCUGAGAGUCACUUGGCGGGGGAGGGGGCUCUCCCACUUUGCCUUUGCCUGCUGUUGGGAGCGCAUAGGUCUUUUUCCAGCAUAUGUCCACUUGUGCAGUUCAAUUCAGGGCAUUUCCAGGGCUUUUUACUGGCCGACCAUGGGGAAAUCAUGAAGUGGAGCACGGUCACUGUUCCGAGGAGCCUACAGCCAUCUGGUAACCAUCCCUGCAUCUUCCCCAGCUAUCCUCCCUCCAGCCCAGGUCUCUUGUGGUCUAAGGACUUAUCUUCUGAUGUCUUUACUCUCCCUGCUGUCUCAUGUCUUCCCAAUCCCCCGCUUGGCAAUUCAGACUUCAUUUACAAGGGUCUGACCACUAACAGAACCAUGUAUUGUGGAAUGGGGGAAAUUCUGGACUCCCAGAGAGAAGUCCUGUUUGCUGGCAAACACGAACCCUGGCCCGUUGGUAUCUAAUCUCAGCAGCAUGCCCAUGGCCCCGGGGAGGUGCUUAGAGGAGGGGGACUCUAUUGAGCAUGGACACUGAACAGGUGGGAUGAUCAAGAGCCUCCUUAGCCUCUGCAUCAUCACUGCCCCAGUUUAGAGGCCAGGAGGCCAAGGUAAUAGAUGAAUAGCAAGGGGCUCAUCUUCAAACACAGAAUACAAGGCUGCUUUGGAGCCAGUCAGCACCUUAGUUCUGAAUAGAUUUUAACAGUGUGAAAAGGAAAUGGGAAUUUAGUUCCAAGAUGCCCUUGUAAUCCAACAUGUGGUUGGACAUGGUGCUGAACGCUGUAUGGCCAAGGUCUUCCUUCUUGUCAGAAGAAAUGCUGCCCUCUGACUGCUGGUAUCUGCAGCCUUCUGUGGCCUAUCUGGUCUGUGCACACAGAAAGGAGAGCUGUGGUUGAUGGAUAAGAUGGGAACUUUCCCCCCGAUGUAGGAAACAGCCCAUGGAUACCAUUUUUGGAACUGCCAAGCAUCAGCCUUUACUGUACUACAGCAAACAGGAUAGCUUUCUGUGUGUCGAGCUCAUCCUGGCUGUGAUGCCUUGUCCUUUCUUCUUAGUCAAAAGUAUCUCUGGCCCUGGAGGAAUGUCCUGUAUGGAUUCCAGUGCUGCCUGCUUGUACUGUGGCUGGGACUCAGUACUGUGGUUUGGCCCAGUGUUUGCCAAACUUCCAGAGUAAGAAUCUAAAGAGUUCCUUUUUUUACUCUCUCUCCAAACAGUGCCUUGGCUGCCCUUCAGCCUCCAGGGUAUAUAUGUCAGUUUCUCAUACGUCUAUCAACUCUCUCUAGAUUGGAAAAUUUAAUGCUUAACACAGAAUUUCAGGUGUGAUCUGUGCCUGCUUCCUGCCUUCCAGGAGUCCCAAGCCUGCAUAUUGGCACCUGCAGUGCCAAAUGGGCAGAAAUAUUAUUUUCCUCCCACUCUACUACCUUCCAAUGAGUCUGUCUUACCAACUUUAGAGUGCCUUGUUAUCCCCCUACCCCACGUGUGUGUGUGUGUGUGUGUGUGUGUGUGUCUGUGUCUGUGUCUGUGUCUAUUGUCUAUGUGUCUGUCUGUCUGCCUGUCUGUCUGUCCAUCCUUUCAUGGUUGUUCUUUGUAACCUAGAGUUACACUCUUCAAUUCAUACAACUGGAGAAUUCUAGGUAUAUACCAUUGAAUGUCACUCUGUAAAACAAGAGUGCAAAAGAAAGUUGCUGGUCUCCCACAAUCUAGCAUUGUGCAAGCACAAAGCUGGGCUUCACAUUUCUCAGGAAGGGGUCUUGUGGGUUAGUGUAUAAUUGGCAUAGGAAUUUGUUCUUCCUGCCAAAUACAGCAGUUGAGUUAUGAAAAUUAAUUAAUUGCCUAUGUCAUUGUAGAAAGGUACUGUGCUGUAAUGAACAAUCCUCCCUUCCCCAAAAUGCUACAGACAUUGACUAAAUCCUCAGGCCCAAAGGAAGAAGGGAUUCAUCUCCCCUGGGAAAAGCUUUUUGGAAGGACUGUUGCUCUGUGGGCACCAGAGGGCUAGAGGGGGUUCCAGUUGGUGGGGAAGAGGGGUCAGCAUCCUCAGAACUAUCAGGUUCUAUCUUGGGAACUCGGAUGCAGGGGAGCUGUGACUUAGGAGAAUGGAAAGGAGAGAGUGAAACAUAAAUCUGGAGGCACGAGGGGGCACUGAGUAUGUUGAUAGAGCACCUCUGGGUGCCAUGUGCUGCUAGGUCUAUUCACCAAGAGACCAUGUGUGCCCAGGGCCACUGUACGCUGGGGAUGAGAUUAGGUAUAAUUGGAGAAAAGAUAGGAUGUAAACACAUAGGAGAGCAACCAGUGCCAAGGAAUAUGAAGUCCACAGCUAGGGUGACAGAUUGGCCCCGUGUGAGAGUUACCAGAGGCAAUAAGAGUCUCUCUGGGGAUGUACUUUCAAAGCCAAGCCUCAGUGAGUAGCAUAGACUCAGUGGGUAGAUGGAAAAAUAGGGAGAAAUAGUAGCUGGGGCUAGGAGGGUGAGGAUAGACCAUGGGGAAAGACUCAUGAAGGAAGCCAUCCUUCUUAGAAAAGUGAAAUUUACAUUUCAAGCAAAAUUAAAAACAAGACAAAAGCACAAUUAUGUGCUGGUUUUAUCUGUUAGAGACUCUCCUUUUGCAGAUGGAAUCUUGAGGCAGCUUUGUGAGUUACACUGUUGAGAUUAUGGCUGAUAGAGAAGUGUUGGUAUGGUUAAACUCAAGCUCUCAAGCAUUCUGGCCCCAAGGGGGAACUCUGUUGUCUUUAGUGUUCAUGUUUGAGAUGUCCUUAGGAAAAUAAGCAUUAUCUGUAGGCGACUCUAAUGGUAUCAGUUGUGUUGAAGCUCCUGACUCCCAGAUAUAUUCCCAUGCCCUUUGGUUUCCUUCUUUCUCUGUCUCACCAUCUGCCUCUCUGUCCCUGCCUACCCUGGCCAGAGCCCCUGUGGGCUUGUCUAAGCCUGCUCUGCUUGCCUACCAUGCCUUUCUUUUAUACCCCACUUUUUCCUCACCAUCUGCCUGCUGAUCUGACCAUCCCUCCACAUGUCUAUUCAAGCACCUCCUGCCUAGUUGGUCCUUGUCUCCAAAGGUUCUUUCCCACAGUGAAUCCCUCCGGGGCACAGGUGGAGGUAUGUGGGCACAAGAGAAGCUAAAUAGCCAAGUGCAUGGUUGGAGAGCCAUCCACAUAAGAGACCCUGGUGAUAGGAGAUAGGGUAUUUGAGGGCCUUAUUUAAGGAGAAGUGAGCAGAGGUUUCAACAAGGUUUCUACAACAGGCUAAUACUAUCAUGUAUAAGCUACUGAGCUGACACCAAAAUCCAGUGCAGAGUCUUUGGGAACUCACUCUCAGCAACACCACAGUACCUAUGCCACAGCAUCCCAACUCCUGUACCUUGUGUAUUAAAGAUUUUUGAGAGAGGAAAUGAAUCCCGUUGUCUUCGAUUUGGAUCUCUGCUCAUUUAAGGGCUGAUCCAGGAAUCUUCUAAAACCAAAGUAGACAGUCUCCCAGAAAUCAGGAGUAGACAGUCCCUGUGAGACCCUGCUGUUAAGGACUGUCCUGUGCAUAGUAUGCUGAGAACAACCAAUAGUCCUGGGUAAGGGAGAUGGAGUCCAGCUCAAGGUCUAGGGACUCCCAGGGAAGUGACUUCUAGUGCACUCCAUGUUGACUUCACCAGACACCAGCUCAAUAGCUCUGUGGAGGGAUGGUUUGCUCCCAUGUCUUCCAUUUUGAUAAGAACAUUUGGCAUGAGACAUAAUAUUUGUACAAAAUUUUCCAUGUUUAAUACAAGUAUCGUUAACUGUAGGCCACAAACUGUCCGGAGUAUGUGAUAUUGUACAUCUACUGCUGUUCUUAUUCAACUUACAUGACAAAAGUUUACAGGCUUGGUCAACAGCAGCCCUACUGCCCCUUUCCAGGCCCUUCCCCCUCCCAGGGCUCUACCUUUUUGCUCUCUGCUUUGUGAAGUUUGCUGUUUUAUAUUCAUAUAUAAAUAUAUAAAUCUGACAAUAUCUGCCCUGCUCAACUCCCCUAUAUACUGGGAUCCAUGUCCUUUAGAUUCAUCCAUGUUGCGGCAUGGUCGUCCUUGUUUGUUUGCAUUUUAAAAUAGCCUUGUUGAGAUGCAGGAGACACAAUGAGCCAUGCAUGUUUAGAAUAUACACUUUUAAAUCAAUCUCUGUCUGUCUGUCUGUCUAUAUAUCUAUCACAGAAAGGGGAUUUAUUAGAAUGUGUUACAGGCUGUGGUCCUCCUAAUCCAACAAUGCUGUCUACCAAUGGAACUCCAAGAAGCUAGAAAAUGGAUGUCCCAAGUGGUUCUCAAUAUAUGCUGGAAUUCUGAGGAAGUAGGCUCUAAUGCCAAAGGAAUGGACUUAUCAGCCAGAAUAACAGUAGGCAAAGAGUUUCCUUUUUCCAUGUCCUUUAAAUAGGAUGCCAGCAGAAGGUGUUGAGAUUAAAGGUGGACCUUACCAUCUUAAAAGAUCCAGAUUAAAGGUGGUUCUUCCCACUUCAGGUGAUUUAAUUGAGAAAGAAAUUCCUCACAGAUGUCCCCAGUUGCUUAGGUUUUGGUUAAUUGCAGAGGCAGUCAACCUGAUACCGAGAAUAGCCAUCACAACAUAUGUCACACACAUGUGAAACCUCUGUCACGUAGGACAUCAGCAUGUCCGUCAUAACCCAAGUUCGCAGGCGCUUCUUUGUGGUGUGCUCUGCCUUGCCCCGCUACACCCCACCAAGAAAACACCAGUCAUCUUUCCACCACUGUGCAUUGCUUUGCAUUUUCCAGAAUUUUGAUUUAUUGGGUGCCGUAUGGACUCUGUCAUCUUUAAGACUGUUUCCUGCUUUCGCAGGUUUACAUAGAGGGUUUUAGCUGUGUUCUUUCAUGCCCGCAUCCCCUUCCACCCCCUCCCUUCCACCUUCCUCCUCAUUCUUCUUCUCCUCCUGCUGGAUCCCUUCUCCUCAACAAGUCCUCCUGCUGUCGUGCCCGUGUGUGCUCAGUUAGGGCCGUUUGCCUCACUGAUAGAUAGGGGAGUUAUAAGUAGGAUAGAUGGGGCGGUAUUUAAUGCGGCAAAGGUGACUUACCUGUGGCUAUGCCACUGAAGACAUGGAGCUCUUCCCACAACUACAGGAAUUUCCAGUGAAGAGACCUCACGGGACCCUUCCCCAUCUAUGAUUAAAAUUUUCUUUGCUUAUUACAAAAGGAAAUCUCGUAAGGUCUCAGGGAAUGAAAAUGUGAGAAGCCACCUGGCCAUGUGGUAUGGGAUUGUCAUCAGGGACAAGACAUGACACAAUGAGACUGAGUGGGGCAGAUGCCACCCUGAGCUCCCUGGGAGGCCACUAGGUGACGUCCAUCAGUUUCUCACUGAGAGACAUUGAGACAUCUGGCCAGUGCUCUCAAAGAUGCCAGCAUCAUGAGACGAGGAAGCUGGAACUGCUAUCUCAGAGCAAAGAAGGCAACUAAAUAUCCAGUGUGUCUGGAGCAGGGCCCUGACCCAGAAUGUGGACAUUAGUCAGACAACACGUAAAACUCGAAUAAGAUUUGUCAUUCAUCAGCAGAAAUGUAGUAAUGUUGGCUUCCUGCCUUUCAAUCCCAGUGGUUGCAGAAGCCAGAGGUAGGCAUAUGCAGAAAAUCUUGUCACUACUUCCUCAUUUUUGAGAGUCUGAAAAUUUCUCAAGAUACAAGAGCUAAAACAAUUUUAACAUUGAGGAAGAAAUAAUGACAGCACAGCUAACAUUUACCAGUCCCCGACAUGCUAAGUUUUUUCAUGGUUCACCACCGUUCAGAGUAGAAAACGAAGAAGAAGGCUAAGGUGGGAAGAUGGAGGAAGAGCUAUUGUAGAAAAGGCAAUCAAAAGGGAGCAGAAGAAGCUAUACUUACAUCAGACAACCCGUGAAUCUCAGGGCUAUGAGAAUAAGAAGUUCUUUACAUGGUAUUAGAACAGCCAAUUCCAAAGGAAAGCUAUAACUACUAUGAAUAUACACUCACUCAACAUCAACACACCUGUGUAUGCCAUGCAUGCACUGACAUAUUGAAGGGAUGUGCUGCAGUACAAAAGUACCAGGAAGCUUCAAUAUCGCAAUUUUAAUAGUGGAUAACAUCUGUACAGAACAUCACUGGAGGAGGGAUGGGAAGCUGGCUCAGCCUGUGGAGGCCUUGCCACAUAAGCAUAAGGGCAUGCGUUUGGACCCCAGCACACGUGUACAAAGCCAGGCCUGGUGCUACCUUUGUAAACACAGCACAGAGAGGCAGAGGCAGGAACAUCUAUAGGGCCUACUGGCCCACCAACUUAGCUUAGCAAACCAGAUCCAAGCCCACAUGUGUACAUUUCAGCCUGUUAUCCCUUGGGCCUGUGCUGGAGCAGAUCAUCAGGGGCAGCUGAGCUUGCUGGGGUGGAACUGUUCCUCCCCAGACGCAGGAGAGAGAGAGAGAGACAGAGAGAGAGAGAGAGAGAGAGAGAGAGAGAGAGAGAGAGAGAGAGAGACAGAGACAGAGAGAGAGACAGAGAGAGAGACAGAGAGAGACAGAGAGAGAGACAGAGAGAGAGACAGAGAGAGAGACAGAGAGAGACAGAGAGAGAGACAGAGAGAGAGACAGAGAGACAGAGAGAGACAGAGACAGAGAGAGACAGAGAGAGAGACAGAGAGAGACAGAGAGAGACAGAGAGAGACAGAGAGAGACAGAGAGACAGAGAGAGACAGAGAGACAGAGAGAGACAGAGAGACAGAGAGAGACAGAGAGAGAGACAGAGAGACAGAGAGAGACAGAGAGAGACAGAGAGAGAGAGACAGAGAGAGACAGAGACAGAGAGAGACAGAGAGACAGAGAGACAGAGAGAGACAGACAGAGAGAGACAGAGAGACAGAGAGAGACAGAGAGACAGAGAGAGACAGAGAGACAGAGAGAGACAGGAGUCCCCAGAUCCCCUUUAAGUGUAGUGUAUUGUCUCUGAUGACCUGAAGCUGUCCUGCUAAACUUCAGCUCUUAAAGUUUCUGCUACCCUGCAACAGCACUACAUUGGGUUCCAAGGCUUUAACAAAUGGGUGUUUUGGGUCUGUGUGUCUAGGCCACCUCACAUUCAUGGUCAUGGCCAAAGCAGUGCUUUCAGGAAAUGAGCUAAGGAGACUUCUCCUAGGAGCUCCCAAGUAGCCUUGCCCUUUGAAGAUGUAUUGACUGCUCCAGCUGCUGGUGUGCAUAUGGCUUCUGUCUACACUCUAGCAGGGUCCAGGGUUUGGGGGUCAAUCUACUGUUGCUGAUUAUUGUGUGUUCCUGGCCCCCGAUGGCCCCUUGUUUUCUGACCUUUUCUUACUCCCCAUCUCACUGUAAUGGGAAACUGUUACUUUUAUAUGGUUUUGUUUUGUUUUGUUUUUCUGAGAUGGGGUUUCUCUGUGUAGCCCUGGCUCUCCUAGAACUUGUUAUGUGGACCAGGCUGGCCUCAAACUCAGAGAUCCUCCUGCCUCUGCCUUCCAAGUGUUGGGAUGAAAGGUGUGCACUACCAUGCCCAGCUGGUGUAUGCUGUUUCACUUUUGAUAUAUGAUUCUACUUUGGGCAGAGGCUGGCAGAGGAGCCCAGUUGCUGCUCACACCUGGCUUUGCCCCAGAUCAACACCUUUACAUCUGCCUUCUCUGGCAGGUUCUCAGGGGUUUGUCUGUGCUGGGUUCGGUUUGUCUGUGCUGCAGCAGACAGAGGGAACUGAGAGGGUUAGGCAAGAGCCUGUUCAAGGCAGCCCUGCCCUUCCAUGUGUCUUCUUUUCCCUUCUCCACAGGCAAUUCUAGUUUUCUUCAUCACAGCCUCUCUUCUGGUCCUGUGUAGCCCAGCUCCCCCUGCCCCCUUGAGCUGAGAUGCCCCGCUCCCCCAGCUAGUCCUGUCCCUCCGCCAGCCAGUCCUGCCCCCUUGAGGGAUGAGUGGCAUGCCUUUCACAUUUCCAGUCUUGUUCCAUCCAGCGCUAUUUUUAGCACAUUGAGAUGUGAGACUCCCGGUGUCCUGGAAGGGGAUGUCUUGAGGAUCAUUGUCAUGUUUCUGUAAGUGACCCACAGCAACCAGGAGCUUGUAUAUCUGCUCGUGGGCGCUGGGGAGAAAACUGUAGGAGCUACCUGGCUGCUUGCCUCCAGGGCCCUAGGAGCUAGGUCUCACAUCUCUGCAUGCAGGAGUGAGAAGCUAAGCACGGAGGAGCAGUGGUCUUCUGAUGUAGGAUGGGUAGGAGGCCAUGUCUCCCUCCAGGACAGGCACAGACAGUGGCAAAGAAGUGUUCUGGCCACUUCAAAGUUGUUUCCUGAGCUUUUUUGGUGAGCAUUUCCCUUCCAUAGAACAGGCCUUGUGAACACGUCUCUUGUUUUGAAGAUGAAAAAAAUUGAGGCCCAGAGAAAGGGAACAGUGUGCCCAUGUUUGCCCCCUGUUGAACUCCAGCCUGACCUUCGAGCUGAGUAUACAUCCUUUAAGUUACAAAAAUUAGAAACUCUAGGCUCCUUUUCCUUAAAAAUGUUGGGGAGGGAGAAAACUGCAUAAGCCCCCCCGCCCCCCACUCCUGGGUGAUUUUGAAAAUACAAAAUGGCAGCCCUGUGCUUUUGGUAGGUGGGGCUGCGCCAUUACUGGGCUCCUCUUUAAGUAGUCCCUAUUUGAGCUGGAGAGAAGAAAUCUCAGGUUUUCUAAGGCAGCAGUCAUCCUGGACUACCUCUCUUAAGGAAAGAAAGUGACUAAGUGGCUUCCAGGAGCUGAGGACACAGGCCCUGUUUGCCUGUAUGUAUGUAUGUAUGUAUGUAUGUAUGUAUGUAUGUAUGUAUGUAUGUAUGUAUGUAUGUAUGUUCCUGCCCAUUUCCCAUCUUUUAGCCAACACAAAGCCUGAGUUAUAAUCAUUCUAGGUUUCUUAUCUUCUCCUGCAUUGUAAGGGACUGUUCUCUCAGCCAAACUGAGGCCAUCUUUAUGAGAUCAGCUGUGUCUGGUUAUACAUGUUCAUCAUGAUCAGGGGUGUGGGCUGUUUACAUUCUCUCCCACAAUAAGGGUGUGGAGGGGUUGUCACUGGACCUUAAUCUGCUGUUUCAGCUACACCUGCUAGCCAUGACCAUGUAAAUUUCCCCCUGAUGCACAAGGCCUGGUUUUAGAGGCGGUGCUAGAGAGUCUAGGCUGGAAAGACUAGGGAAGGGGUUCCAUCUGCUCUGCCAUGGGGAAGGCACUGUCCAUGCUGGAGGCAGACCUUCCAUGACACUCACUGCUAAAGACUCAACUGUGCUACGCAAACAAGCCUAAUGAACUUUAUGGUUCCCAAGGUGAACUUCAUGAAGAGGGGAUAGACGUUGAUUAUUCCCCACCCAUGGAAGAAAAUUCUUGCAAUAUCCUGAAGGUUGGGCAGUGCCAUCCUAUCUCCCAGAGGAGGAAUAGGUCUAAACAGCAUAUCAGUGAGAGGCCAGAUGACAAACUCUCCCUUCUAGGAAGAAAGGGGAGGGUAUCAAGCAUGACAACCGGUGGUAGGGGCAGUACAAACCAGAAUCCCCUUCCAACCAAGCUCAGCAGAUGGUGGGUUUGCCACACAGUGGGUCCCUCGCACAGUGUAGAUUAAGCUGAAAUUGCAUUUAAGAAUGGUUGGGGAAUGCCAAUGCUCUGAAGCCUUAACUAAUCUCCAGCAGUGAUGGGCUAAGCCAUAACUGUUAUCCAUUUUCCUUAGCGAGAAUCAUCUUAAUAUAAAAGCAGCAACCAGGCAGAAAGUGGGCGAGGGCAUUACCUGGGACUCCAAUGCUAAGGCUGUGCUGGGAGUGUGCCCCUUGGACCUAUAUAGGUGUCACCAACUGUUUUCAAGAGGCCACAGAGAGAGCUGACUUGGGCUUUUAUGACCUAGGACAUGCUCAUAUUUAAUGUCUGUAGCCACCUGCAGAUGAGUGAGCUUUUAUCAUCUUAUUACACAGUAAGGAAGUCAAAACUCAGAGAACAAAGCCAUUUGCCUGGGUCCCGAACUGAAGUGCAAGGCUGGUGUCUGAGCUCGGUUCUUAGACUUCGAUUCUGCAAUGAUUAGUUUUCAUUGUUAACUUUCCUGAAUUUAUUUAUUUUUACUUUUAAUUAAAUUGUGUGCAGGCAUGCCAGGGGACAGCUCGUGAGAGUUGGUUUUUCCUUCUACCAUCCAGGUCCUUGGGGAUUAGACUCAGUUCAUAAGGCUUGCCAACAAGUGCUUAACCCACAGAGCUCCUCCCUAGCCCCUUGUCUGGAUUUAGAAUUUGCCUAAGGAACACACCUAGAGCUGAGAGCACUUCCAGAGAAUUAACUGAGAAGGAAAGACUUACCCUGAGUGUAUGUGACACCAUCAAUGGGCUGGGGACUUGGACUGAAUAAAAAGGCAAACAGGAGGAGAGCAGCAGAGCCCCACAUUCAUUCACCUUUCUGUGCUUCCUGAUGUGCCCAGAUGUGAGGAAGGAGCUUCAUGUUCCUGCCACUGUGGCCACAAAUUGCUCCUGUGGCCACUGUGAUGGACCAUACCCUCAAACUGUGAGCUCAAAUAAGCCUUUCCUCCUUGUGACAGUUAAUUUUGACAGGUUUUAAAUUUACGGAAUUUAGAAUGACACAAGGCUCUGGACUUAUCUAGAAGGGAUUUUUCUAGAUUGGUAGGAGACCCAGCCUAAAAGUAGGCAGCACCGUUCUGUGGGCUGGGGUCAAGGACUGACUAAGAAGAAGGAAGGGUGCUGAACAUCCAUCUCUGCUCCCUGACUGUGGACACAGUGUGACCAGCUCUGUUAUGCUCCUGCUGCCGUGCCUUCCCACGAGCUGUGAGCGAGAGCUAGCCCUGUUCCCCUUAAGUUGUCAGGUGUUUGUCACAUCAGCAGGAUAAAUGACUACAAUUCCUAAAUGCUGUGCUUGGGGUUUUGUCACAGCAACAAAUAAAAGAACGAGUGUUCUCCUCUGCCUGCUUUUCUACCUGCCUCUCUGUCUGCCUGCCUGCCUGUCCCCUCCUUCCUUCCUUCCUUCCUUCCUUCCUUCCUUCCUUCCUUCCUUCCUUCCUUCCCUCCUUUCCUUCCUUCCUUCCCUGCCUGCUUGCCCUCCAUCCUCCCUCCCUCCUGCCCACCUGCCUGCCUUCCUGCCUUCCUGUCUGUUUGCCCUCCUGUGCCCCCCUCCACUGCCUUUUUGUUGUGGUUGAGAGGCAGAGUCUCCUGCAUCCCAGAGUGACCUCAGACUUGCUGUGUGUGUCUCUCCAUCAGUGAUAGAGGUAAGGGCUGAGUGAGAGAGGAAGUUGGGUGCCUUGGUGGUAAUGGAGCCUUUGCUAUGGAGAUGAAGCCCUGCCCUCCUCUGCAUCUCAUUUUGUGUUAGUCCUGAGCUCUUGGGAUGCCUUGCUGACUAAUCCUAGCUUACCUUUGGGUUAGUGUUUUCAGCAGACAUCCAGUCUUACUCUUUGUAACUUAUAUUAUUUAGUUAUUCUUAGUCUUCAGAGUAAAUCUGUCUUAGGUGAAUGUAAUUAGGAAUUCAUAUUUAGCACACAAGGGAUAUUUUUUUUCUCUUUCACAGCUGUGCAUUAAAAAAAAGGGGGGGGGUAGCAUCUGCAGGACUAUAAAGUUUUUGUUUAUAAUAGGAACCAUUCUCCCAGAAGCUGGAAACAGUAAUCCACUGAAAGGCAUGACUGCCAAUGCCCAAAGGUGUUUGUUUUGUUCCUUCCCUGACUUAGUGAGUGUUGAUUCGUCUUCUGCACUGGGCUGUGUUCCAGGCUCCAUGCUCAGCACUAGGGUGGGCCUGAGGGCAUUGUACAUUGGAGGAGCUCUGAAGAAUGGGCCUGGCACCUACCUAGGCUUUGGCUGCAUGAAAUGGCUGCCUAUUGGUAGGGCUUUACAUGGCCAGAUGUGGGAUUACAGCAGUCCUUUCAAAGGUCAUGUGACUGGCUAUUCGUUAUUCAACCCUGGCCAAGUCCCAGCUGGUGUAACUGCAAAGGGAGGUCCUCAUAUACAUGCAGGGGCUUUCUUGGAAAGAGUAAAACCCUUCAGAAAAAGCACCCAGACAGUUCUUGGCACACACGUGUCCCCAAGGCAGCUUCUUUACACACCCCAAGAGUUUGAGGCUAUUUUUAAAGUCAAGGCCUGAGCACACUUGUUUUACUAAUGACUUCCCCAGGUUUAUUUUGAAACGCUUCCAACAUGAACUUGAAAGAAUAAUCUAGGGAAACUCCAUGCUGUUUCUUUUCUCUUUUUGCAAGUCACUUGUGGGGUGUAUGGCUGCUCGUUCAUCAUCAGAGACUGCCUACGAGCAGGUAGCAUUUUCUGAACUCAUGACCACCAUUUCCUUGACCUUUGACAUGGCUGUGGUAAUGCUGCUCAGAACUCCCAAACUUCCAGUUGCUGACAUCUGGUCUGUCUGGUCAAGGCGCACAUCUCUUCCUCCUAGUACUAUUCAAUCUAAGCCUGGUUCCCUUCAGUUGCUUUGCUGCGUUUGGCCGACCUUGGCCUCUCAGGGUGGGUGAUGCUCCAGAGCUCUCUCCAGCCUCUCCAGGUGGGUUAGGUAUGAUGCAAAAGCCUGGAUGUGGAUGUAGCCUGGGUUCAGGGUCCAGGGCAGUUGCCUCUUCUUUUCUGUAUCUUGGUUUUAACCAAUUGAAGAGCAAGUUAGCAAGUGCUAACUAAGGCCAAUUACUUUACUAUGUAAUGUUGGCGAAAUUUUGAGAGCCCUCCCUUCUCUAGUAUACUGCCACUGCUGUUCUACAGGACAUUUUUCCUUCAAGGCCUAUUUGCCCACUUGGCCACAUACAUGUAUGUCUUUUGCCUUCUAGGUAGAAUGUACAAAUGUCAAAGAUCUGUGGCUCUGCUGACCCUAUAGUCCCCCAUGCCCCCGGGGUUAAGAUCUAGGGAUGGACACUGUUGGGGAUGGGAUAUGGAAUGUGUUGGGGUGGAGGUCGUUUAGGGUUUCUCUAAGACUGAGGGCUCGUCUUCUUUGUUUUGGGGCUGGUCAUCAUUGUAGUCUGUGUUUACCAUGGGGAGCGGCAUGUGGUUGUCACCAAACUUAUAUGGCAUAUUUAGAUAGGCAGUUGUUGAAAAUGAGGUUAGCCCCAGCACUGAGAGCCCUACCUAUAAGUAGAUGCCUGGUCACUUCAGCAAGCCUGAUUUCCUUGUAUCCUAUAAUAUAUUCCACAGAGCCCUUUAAUACUCAGAGAAUAAUCAUAGAUGGCUUCUGUUAGAUAUGUUGGGUGUGGGAACACAGAUGGUCUUGUCAGUGUUCUCUCACCAAGCCUAGAAAUGACCUUGUCACUUGACCUAUGGCCUUGGGUACCGGAGGUGCCAAGAUGCAAGGCUGUCAUGAUUUAUGUUGCCAGAGAACUGAACUAGUACCCUGAGAAGUACUGCUGGCCUGUAUUAUGGUUGGAAACCUCUUUACCUGGCUAGAACUGUUAUAGCUAAUCAAGGGGCUGAUGAAGCUGCCCAUCUUGCAGAGUUUCCUUCACUUCAUGUGCAUGGUGCUGUCAGCAGAGGGGUAAAGAAGAGGGCGAUAACCCCACAGUUAGGUUCUCAAGGCUGCUGUGGGCUUUCCACUGACGCUUGAGUUCCUGUGUUCAUUGCAAAUCACAAAGGCAUUUAAUGAAGAAAUGAACAAAGACACCAGUGUAGAUGACAUUGAGGACUGCAUGGCCAGUUUCUCUGAGCUGAGAACAGCUCUGGCCCCAGGUGCCUCAUAGCUGAAUUGAUGUCCUCCAACCUCCAACAUAAUGCUGAGAAACAUCGUUGACCCCAUAGCCAAAGGCCUGGCUGUCACAUGCUGACAGAGUGGUGCUCAGAGUAGCGGCUCUAAGCUUUCCCACAGGGUAUCUACUUCUCCACUGGUGUAUUAGUCAGGGUUCUCUAGAGUCAGAACUUACGGAAUGUCUCUAUAUUUUAACCCAAACAUGGGCAACUGUGAAUGGGAAGUCCAAGAAUCUAGUAGUUGCUAAGUGCCAUGAGGGUAGGUGUUUCAGCUGGUUUUCUGUAUGAGCUGGAAUUCUGAAGAAGUAGGUUCCAACAGAGGUGCUGGCAAGUAAGUACAAGAAGGUAAAGAGGAAGGAGGAGGAGGAAGAAGAAGAGGAGGAGGAGGAGGAGGACGACGACGACAAGGAUGAGGAGGGGAGGGGGAGAAGAGGAGGAGAUCUUCCUCCUUCCAUUGCCCUUAUGUUAUAGUCCUCCAGCAGAAGGUAAGGCCCAGACAAAAGGUGUGUAUCAUCAUAUCUAGAUUUGGAACUUGCUCUGCUUUAGGCUGGCCUUGAACUCGAGAUCUGCAUUCCUCUGUCUCUUGGGAUUAAAGGAAUAUACUACCUUGCCUGGGUUCUGUGCUUUUCAUGGCCACCAUGCCUCAAGAUCUGGAUCAAAAACAUGCACCAUCCCAUGUCAAUAUCUGGAUCAGAAGCCUGUGUCUUCCACCUUCAAGAUCUGGGGUACAGGUGUGCCCUCCAUUUCUGGAUUGUAGUUCAUUCCAGAUAUAGUCAAAUUGACAACCAAUAACAGCCGUUAUAAACAGGGAAGAAAUCAAAUAUGUUCCAUGGUUUGAUGAUUAGACACUAAGUACAUAUUUAAAAAUAAGAGUCAUGUUUGCUAUUUAACUAUUUAGUGCAUUGAUUAUUUUAUUUCCUAUAAAAAGUGUCAAUGAUAUCUAUCUAUCUAUCUAUCUAUCUAUCUAUCUAUCUAUCUAUCUAUCUAUCUAUCUAUCUAUCUAUCUGUUUGAAAGGCUCACAAAAUUCAGAGAAGCAUUGAGUAUACUAGAAGCCCUCCUCGGGGAUAUCUUGUGUACCCAGUGCUUGCUCAUAUCUCCUUAAGAAGACAGUGUCCAUCUCUGAAAAGAUUCUUCUGCAUCCCUUGGUUCAUGAUAGAACUACAUCUCACCUAUUUGAGUGACUUUCAACCUGACUGACAUACCAUGUGGUUCUGAGUCUGUCCAAGAGGCAAUAUGUGAUGGAGGUGCUUGACUCCCAGACUAGAGUGCCAUUAGUGACUCAGUGAAGUCACCUGGCUUUGGGGUCUGAGGUGAGAUAUGAACAUCUUUGUCCCCAAGGCUUUCACUCUGGAUGGGGUCUGGCUAGUUGCUUUACAUCAGGGUGGGAUUCCAAGAGAUGGGAAUGAGCUCCUGGCAAGCUCCAGAUGUUGGGUCUAAGGAUUAAAUUCUGUCUACCUGCUUCUGUGGGAACAGAUCCUAGAAUGGGUCAGGGUCAUCCAGUAGCAGGGCUUUGGAUCCAAUGGAGAGAGUGCAGCCUGCAGUGCACCUCUGAAGAGGAUGCUCUUCACCUGGUCCUGAAGGUGGGAACGCUUUGGGUACAUCCUAGAUCCUGCCAAGGAGGACAGCUCAUCACAGCACUGGCACUGUCAUCAUGCCUAUCCGCUGCUGAAUGAGGAUAGGCUACUUCUCUUGAAUCAAUUACUGGGUACCUUGCUUUGGUGUGUCUGAUUGUCUUUCAGGGAGCAGUGGGGGAAGCAUGUGUGUGUGUGUGUGUGUGUGUGUGUGUGUGUGUGUGUGUGUGUGUGUGUGAGAGAGAGAGAGAGAGAGAGAGAGAGAGAGAGAGAGAGAGA